GCUAAAGCCUGGCUGCUGCCUGUCAGCCUUGCCGCGCCAUACCAGAGGCUGUCAAUUCCGCCGCACCCCGCCCAGCCUGAGGUCGCGCAAACUCCCUUCUUAACUUCCAAAACUAAGGACAGGCUAAGGCACAGCAGAAUCCGCUCGCAGCACUGUUUAUGUCUCGCUUGUAGAUUUUAUAUCUUAGGCAGGACUCCAUUUCCUAACGGACGUGGGAGUUGACCUGCUCGUCUCUUCUACUAGCUUGCUGCCUUAAGCUUCUAAUAUCCUCUUCUUAUCAACAUCUGCCUCCUUCAAGCAAGAAAUGCGUCUUCUAGAACUCAGCGACACUGGCGAAAUCACCCUCACCAAGGACGACGAUCCGAUCCCACCCUAUGCGAUCCUCUCACAUACCUGGGAGGAGGGCCAGGAAGUCACCUUCCGUGAUUUGAUAGAUGGCACCGGACUGGACAAGGUUGGCUACAAUAAAAUCCAGUUUUGUGGACAACAGGCUAAACGCGAUGGCUUGCGAUACUUUUGGGUGGACACCUGCUGCAUCGACAAGUCCAACCCAGUAGAGCUUCAGAGCGCUAUUGAUUCCAUGUUUCGCUGGUAUCAGGGUGCAGAGAGAUGCUAUGUCUUUCUUUCCGAUGUCUCAACACUUAAGCGAAAAGCGGAGGAUAAUUCCUCUCAAUGUACUUGGGAGCGGGCUUUUUGGAAAAGCAGAUGGUUCACCCGGGGCUGGACUCUCCAAGAGCUUCUUGCGCCAAUUUCAGUCGAAUUCUUCUCCCGAGAACAGAAAAAGCUUGGCGACAAAAGAUCGCUGGGGCAGCAAAUCCGCAAAAUUACAGGGAUUCCUGAUGCAGCGCUUAAAGGAGCACGUUUAUCUCAUUUCAGCGACAAAGAGCGAUUUCUGUGGAUACAGUACCGCAAGGUAACAGUCGAAGAAGAUAAAGCGUAUUCCCUGCUUGGUAUUUUCGACAUUAAAAUGCCUCUUCGCUAUGGAGAAGGAUCCGCAAGUGCGUUCAAACGGCUCGAGGAGGAGAUCGACAAGCUGAACAAAUGCCUCCGAGACUUACGCUUGACUGAUCCCCGUGAUGACAAGAAGCGCAUUGAAGACAUUAAGGGUGGUUUGCUGGAGGACUCUUACUGCUGGAUCCUUGAAAAUCCCAACUUCCAACAAUGGCGCAACAACCAACAGAGUCGCCUGCUAUGGAUCAAGGGUGAUCCUGGUAAGGGCAAGACGAUGCUGCUCUGCGGCAUUAUUAACGAGUUAAAGAAGUCAACAGUCAAGACAAAUCUCCUGUCCUACUUCUUCUGUCAGGCCACGGACUCGCGAAUUAACAACGCCACAGCCGUGCUGCGAGGUCUGCUAUACUUGCUUGCCAAUCAACAGCCAUCGCUUGUAUCGCAUAUUCGAAAAAAGCACGACCACGCAGGCAAAUCCCUCUUUGAAGACGCAAAUGCUUGGACUGCCCUAUCUAAGAUUUUCACGAACACCCUUCAAGACCCAAGCUUGGACACUAUAUACUUAGUUGUCGAUGCGCUUGACGAGUGCAUAGCAGACAUGCCAAAGCUGCUAUCUUUUAUUGCCCAGCAGUCUUCCGCAUCCCCUCGUGUCAAGUGGAUUGUUUCUAGCCGCAACUGGCCCAAUAUUGAGGAACAGCUAGAGAGGGCAGUGCACAAGGUGCGGUUGUGCCUUGAGCUUAAUGCCAAGUCCGUUUCCGCAGCUGUUAGCACAUUCACCCGACACAAAGUAUUUCAGCUAGCGGAGCAAAAAAAAUACGACAAUAAAACAAGAGACGCUGUCCAAAGCUACCUGUCCUUGCAUGCGGAUGACACCUUCCUCUGGGUGGCUUUAGUCUGCCAAAACCUUGAGAAGAUACCACGAUGGAAGGCUGUCGCCGAGUUGAAUGUUUUUCCACCUGGACUUGAUUCUCUCUACGAGCGUAUGAUAGAGCAUUUACAUAGCUUAGUCGACUAUGAUCUGAGCAAACAGAUACUGGCCUUUAUUGCGGUUGUAUACCAACCCAUCACACUCCAGGAGCUAACAUCGCUUGUUGAGAUGCUCGAUAUAGUCGACGAUCUAGCAUCAGUACGGGAUAUUAUUAGCUUCUGUGGCUCGUUUCUUACUGUUCGAGACGAUACCGUUUAUUUUGUGCAUCAGUCCGCAAAGGAUUUUCUAUUCAAGAAGGCAUUUGAUACAAUUUUUCCAUCUGGGAGGGAAAAGGUCCACCACACAAUCUUCUUGAGGUCUCUCCAGGUCAUGUCCAGAACGCUACGACGAGACAUGUACAACCUAGGUUCGUUAGGAUAUCCUGCUGAGCUGGUUACACGGCCAGAUCCAGACCCAUUAGCAGCAUCGCGCUACUCGUCUAUCUACUGGGUCGAUCAUCUUUAUGACUCAAAUCUUACGUCUCUAGCAAGCCACAACAAUGUAUUGUAUAAUGGAGGAAUUGUUGACGUAUUUUUGCAGAAGAAGUUUCUCUACUGGCUGGAAGGUCUUAGUCUGUGCAAGAGCGUGCCGAAGGGUGUUGUUUCAGUAGAGAAACUAUGGUUGUUAAUCCAAAGAAGAGGAGAUGCAAGUGCAUUUACUGAGCUUGUUAAGGACGCGCAUCGGUUUAUUAUGUAUCACAAGGGAGCUAUUGAGUAUAGCCCUCUCCAGGCCUAUGUAUCUGCGCUGUUAUUCAGUCCAACAAAGAGUUGGAUAAGAAGGCAUUUCCAGCAUGAAGAGCUAGGUUGGCUCAUGAUCAAGCCAGCAAUGGGCGACGGCUGGAGCGCGUGCCUGCAGACGCUCGAAGGCCAUAGCAGUUACGUUAACUCAGUGGCCUUCUCUCACGACUCGACGCGGCUGGCGUCGGCGUCUAACGACCGCACAGUCAAGAUCUGGGAUGCGAGCAGCGGCGCGUGCCUGCAGACGCUCGAGGGCCAUAGCCGUUACGUCAACUUAGUGGCCUUCUCUCACGACUCGACGCGGCUAGCGUCAGCGUCUCUUGACCGCACAGUCAAGAUCUGGGAUGCGAGCAGCGGCGCGUGCCUGCAGACGCUUAACGGCCAUAGCGGUUACGCUAACUUAGUGGCAUUCUCUCACGACUCAACGCGGCUGGCGUCGGCGUCUUACGACCGCACAGUCAAGAUCUGGAAUGCGAGCAGCGGCGCGUGCCUGCAGACGCUUAAGGGCCAUAGCCGUUCUGUUAAAUCAGUGGCCUUCUCUCACGACUCAACGCAGCUGGCGUCGGCGUCUGACGACUGCACAGUCAAGAUCUGGAAUGCAAGUAGCAGCGCGUGCCUGCAGACGCUGGACGGCCAUAGCCGUUCCAUCAAAUCAGUGGCCUUCUCUCACAACUCGACGCGGCUGGCGUCAGCGUCUGACGACCGUACAGUCAAGAUCUGGGAUGCGAGCAGCGGUGCGUGCCUGCAGACGCUUAACGGCCAUAGCCGUUCCGUCAACUUAGUAGCCUUCUCUCACGACUCGACGCGGCUGGCGUCGGCGUCUUACGACCGCACAGCCAAGAUCUGGGAUGCGAGCAGCGGUGCGUGCCUGCAGACGCUUGAUGUUGGCAAUGCGCUUAGGAACAUAUCAUUUGACACUACUGGCUUGUAUCUUUACACUAAUAUUGGUGCUAUUAGUAGUCUCGGAAGCCGAGAUAUCAAGGCCUAGCGUUGAGUUUAGAUGGGGCAUGGAUAACACAUAACUCUAAGAAGCUAGUAUGGCUGCCAUCAGAGUAUCGGCCAUCAUGUUCGGCAGUGUCAGGAAAAAAAAUUGGCAUUGGUGUUGGAACUGGAAGAGUCUGGAUAUGCGAAACUUUGCUUGACAUAGCCUAGCAAGAGCGUUUGUAAAGAGUAACUUAUUAUUCUUAUUUUCUUUUUUAUCUCUAAUUUAUAAUAAGGGCCAAGGAUCCAGG